AUGUCUCCUCUCGAGGAGUUUGAGUCGAUUCUCAAGGAUGUUGUUCAAGCGAAGCGAUUGUCUGCCUCGAAAAUGCACAAACUUACCGAGAUUGCGUUGAAAUUGAUGCAGGACGACACCCAGCUAGUGUCAAUCCUUUACCGCACUCACAAGUCACUACCUGCGACGUCAAAGGUCUCCAGUCUGUAUGUUUUUGAUGCUCUGGCGAGAGCAGCGAGGCACAAGGUCGAGAAGCAAGGUCUUGUGAACGACUCCCAGAUUGGAAACUGCGCGACCUUUCUGCAGAAGAUUGAAGGCGUUGUCGAAGGCCUGUUUCAAGAUAUGCUUUCCAUCGGCAGCCCGGAAGCCAAGGAUAAAACAAAGAAGAUACUUGAUAUAUGGGUGAAGGGAAAUAUUUUUCCGAAGGCGAUCUUGUCCCGAUUGUCCGAUGUAUUGAAGGAGACAGAAAAAGAGCCCGAAUUGAAUGUCCUGACGCCGACCGACCCGCGAAUAAUCCAACAAACUGGGUCAACGGCACCCGUAUCCGUCCCCACGUUAUCCACCACGCCUUCCACCUCAGAUCCGCAUGCAACGUUGCUGGCGUUGCUUGCCCAAGCCCAAGCUGCGAGCACGGCAAUUUCGUCUAGCUCUUCGCAAACAAAUGUAAACACAGCCGCGCCAACAAUCCCACUUGACGCCGUUCAGUUGGCUAUAAUACAGCAAUUAGCACAGACAGCUGCUGUCCCUCCUUCUGCCUCGCUACCAGCACCGCCUGUCGCUGCUGGAAGCCAGGAUUUUCAGGGUGUUAACGGUAGUUUGCGCUCUCCUGCGCCUCACCGAGAUGAACGUAACCUGGUCAAUAAAGAAUCCAGGCAUGACCGAUAUCGUAGUCCAGAGAACGGGAGAGCCCAUUCUGAUGAUCCCCACCCGAGAGACCCAAGAGGUGGUAUCGCGGGACGGGGGCGGGGGCUAAGGUGGGACGAACGUGACCGUGACCGUUACAGGGAUAGAGAGAGAGAUCGAAGUCCCCUGCGCAGAGGAGGGCGAAGUCGAUCUAGAAGUCCACCCAGUAGAUAUGGUGCCUGUCAGGAGCCUUAUAGCCCUCCUAGGAAACAUGCAUCAUCGGUAUCGUGGCAGCGUGGUCCUGCUCCUGAAAGCGUACAUGACUCUGGGAAGGACGAAUUUGGACGAGAUAUUCGACCAUCAUCCCCUGAAAGUAAUUCAGCAUCGCUCCCAGUCGAAAAAGCUAAAUCUCCGCCCCUCGUGCCGCCUACGGCUGGCGAGAAACCACCGUUAACUUCCUCUCCUGCGUUUCGAAAUAAUCAUGAUCCAACUUUGUCACCCUCUGUAGCUGCGAAUACAUCUUCAAACAAACCUAUUGAAGCGUUUGUCUCGAGUACAGUUUCACCGCACCAAGGAAUGGAGAAAUUUGAUCUCGCAACCUUUGAUUUUACUUCCCCAUUGUCGUGGGAAGCACUAGGAAAGAUGUGGCAGGUUACUCAUGGAUAUGCACCUACAACUGAGCAGCUCAUGCAGUUUGUUAUGGGUAUGGGCACUGGUCAACAAGCUCAAAUUGAAGCUGAGGGUUGGGAUACGAAGGAUCCCCAUUCAUCAGGACAAGUAUGGGGCGGAAGUAGAGGCGCAAGGGGAGGAUUUUACAGAGGACGGGCUCGAGGCGGAUUUACUCACGGCAAAGUCCGAAACGUCCACGAAGGAUGGGGUUAUGAUGGUAAUAGCCAACCCACAGAUGCCAUAGUCCUGGGUGGCGGCUCAGACGAUAUGGACGUCUCGACACCGGAAGAAAAGCAUGUCGCAUCGGAGAGCAAUGGCGGAGGACUAGGUGGUCGCAUGCAAAGAAUAGGGGACAAGUGGGUUUUUGUGCGAGAUCAAGGAGUAGCUGGUAUAUCAUAA